AUGCCUGCAAUGGAUAACAAGGAAACAAUCAGCAGCAGCGACGAUCGAGAUGAAUAUCAAGGCGUGGGGAUUCACAGCCAGGUCAGGAAAGUAAAGCAGGAGAUGGAGAAGAUCAACCGCCUUGCGCUGCAGCCGCCGGAGGCGCGGCCAGCGCUCCGGGAGAUCGUCCGCCACCAUCAACGAUCGCGAUCGCCUCUAGGGUUAGCAGAAAGGCCAAUCUCGGUUGGUAAUUAAUCAUGAUAGAUUUCGAAUUUGCCUGUUUGAUUUACACGGUUAGGCUACGGCAGAGGUUCUACUGUUUACUCAGUCUCCUGUUUAGUGCAUCUUCUGGCCUUACCAGUUAGUUUGUACAUAAUUAGAUGAAUAUUAUAAAGGACUUUUCUACUCUCA